AUGGACCGUCAGCCCGGGACUCGCGUCUCUGGUGGCUGCUUAGCGACGCCGCUGGGUCCCCGGCGGCCCGCGGCGGGUCCCUGGCUCCAGGUGCUGCUCCUGCUGCUGCCUGCAGCCUGCAACUGUGCCACAGAGACGCAAGGCAAGGUCUUGGGGGGCCACGACGCACCCCCAGGGAGAUGGCCCUGGCAGGUUAGCCUGCAGCACAACGGCUACCACACUUGCGGGGGCACCAUUCUCAGCCAACGCUGGGUGCUCACCGCUGCCCACUGCUUCUCCAGAUCCACCAAAGUCAGAGAUCUGAAGGUCCUGAUGGGAAGCACCAACCUCAAAAAGAGCAGCUGGAGAACCCAGAAGGCCGGCAUCAAGCAAUUUCUCCAGCAUCCGACCUACACACGCAAGCAGGCGCUCACCGGCGGGGACAUCGCUCUCCUGCAGCUGAGGGCACCUGUGCGGUUCUCUGCCUUCGUUCAGCCGGUCAGACUCCCUCCCCCCGACUUUCAAAUGCCCAUGCUGCUGCAGGAGGAGUGCUGGGUCACAGGCUGGGGCCAGACACACGUCAAAGAGACAUCAGCCAUGACGAUGCUCCAGGAGGCCCGGGUGUCCAUCAUCAAUAACUCCUACUGCCAGCUGUACCUGGGCCUCCCCUACCGGACCCACAGCACGAUGCUGUGUGCAGCCAACAUCAGGGACAAAGCCAUGGCCUGUAUGGGUGACUCCGGGGGCCCCCUGGUCUGUAAGCACAACGACACCUGGCUGCAGAUCGGAGUGGUGAGCUGCGGCACCGUGUGCCUGCCCAGUGUGGCUCCCAACCUGUAUACCUGUGUCUCUCACUUCUCGGCCUGGAUUGCUGACAACAUCAAGGCCACCCAGGCUGCUGGGACCUGGCCCUCAGCCCUGACCCUGCUGCUGCCGCCCAUCCUGCCCCUCCUCCACACCUCGUGAUGCCCCUGGCCCUGCACCCUCCAUCACCCGCCCAUCACAGCUUCCCCACCCCCACUUCACUCGAGGAGGACCCUCCCUCCUCCCGACAUGACUGCCCUGUCUCUGAUUCCCUCAGAGGCUCUCUGCCUCCUGCUCCUUGGA